AUGUCACUCCCAGAGCAGAUGAAGGCAAUUGUCUUCUACGGACCACAAGAUAUCAGAACAGAGACUGUCAAAACUCCCCAGAUCGAAAACGUCACCGAUGUCAUCUUGAAAGUCAAGUACUCAGGAUUGUGCGGUACCGAUUUGCACACCUAUCGUGGGCACAUCAAGGGCCCAGUCGGCCAGAUCAUUGGGCACGAGUUCAUGGGAACCAUUGUGGCCAAAGGCUCGGCCAUUGGCGAUGACAAGUUCCAGGUUGGUGAUGAUGUGUUGAGCACAUUCACCGUCCAAUGUGGCACCUGUUGGUACUGUGUUCACGGCUACUCUGGCCAGUGUGAAAAGACCAACACCUUUGGAAAGGUGGGUCUUGCUGGAGGCCAGGCUGAGUACGUGCGUAUUCCGUACGCCCUCUCCUCGUUGAUCAAGAAGCCAGAAACUACUGGCGAUGUCGAUGACUCUGUAUACGUGCUUAUGGCAGACAUCUUCACCACCGGGUACUACGGAGUCAAGAAGAUCGUGGACUUCAGCAAGCAAUCGCCUACUGCCAACAUCAAGGCCCAGGAAAUUGGCGACUUGACGGUGCUCCAGCUCGGAUUGGGCCCUGUCGGAUUGUGCGCCCUCCGUGCAUUGAAGCACUUUGGGUUCAAGAAGGUGGUGUGUGUGGAUAAUGUGCCAUCCAGAAUAGAAGAGGCCAAGAGAUUAGGUGCAUACAAAACCAUUAAUUUUGACACCGAAGGUGAUGCCCUCAAGGAAUUCAUCAAAAAUGAGACACAAGGUGUUGGUUUCGAUGCAGUGUUGGAGGUUGUGGGCGCUCCACAGGCCUUGAAGACCGCAUACGACUCUGUUCGUCGUAAUGGGUUCAUUUCUUCCAUCGGCAUGGCCCAUGACCAGCUUCCUUUCGAUGGGCUUGAGUGCUACUUGAAGAAUAUCAACAUUUCUUUUGGCCGUUGCCAUGCAUGGUCCUUGUUCCCAGAGGCUCUCGAGAUCUUCGAGGAACUCAAGGGAGAAUUCAAGAGCUUCAUUGACUACAAGCCUAGAUUGGAGGACAGCAAGGAAGCCUUUGACUUGUUUGACAAGCACAAGGUCAACAAGGUGGUUUUUGACUUGACUUAG